CUUCUUCUUCUUCUUCUUCGACGGAUAACAAUGAAAGCAAGAAAAAGAGAAACCAACGUCAUUCAAAGAAAAGCCCUAUCCUCAUUCAUGCUACGACACCUGCCGAGUUCAGCUCCAGCACUGCGACGUCGUUUACUACUCAUACUACCAUUACUACCAACAAUUUACUGAAAAGUCCUCAGCAACCAUCAAAGAAUCGUCGUCGAUCAAAUAGUGCUAUUGUAGAUAUGCGUAAGAACAAAGCUUCAUCCAUUAACAAUACCAACUUUUUUGCUGGACCCAUGUUCAGUAAUGCACCUAGUCCGGAUAAGUUACCUAUACCAUUCCCUAAUACGCUCUUAUCUAUGGAUUUAUCUGCAACUACCAGUACCAGUACCAGUACAAGUACCGCUAUUACGACCAAUCCUACUACUACGACUACUACUACCACCAGCAUUGCCUCCUCCAAUAAGGAUUAUUUAAAGAAAUAUUCUGAAGAUUUGAUGGGUUUAUUAGCAUUGACAAAACCCAUAGAUACCACUACCAGCACUACUGCUGUCAAUACAGCCAGAAGGUCAUCCUUUGUUGUGGCUUCACCCGUUAUCGAAAGUACUUUUGACAGAGAUCUGUCCGAAAUACAAAGAGGACUGAGAUCUAUGUUGAGGAUUUAAAGCACCUCUUGACAGACUGCAUCGAUUGGUUUUUUUUUUUUUUUGUGCCUGGAUACCUUGUAUCAUUAAC